UCGGGGGUCCCACGGGGCCGGAGCGUGUCUGCGCGUCCGCACACAGGCUGCGAUUGUUCCUGCAGGACGCAGCGCUCCGUUUGCCUCACUUUCUGAAUGAAAUGUAAAUGUGUAAGCGCUCUGGCGGCGUGUGCACAGGCUGUGUAUAUAAAGCCCUGCAGGAGGAGCACAGACACCGACACUGCUACCUGCGCCCUGACCGUCCACACACCGCUGAAAUGCAGCCGCUUGCAGCCAAACUGCCGCUCCUCCACAGGACCCCCUUCUCUGUGGAGGAUAUUCUGGAUCCCGCUAAAUUUACAAGGAGAAUAAUCUGUGCUGAGGACGCAACAACAGGAGCUCCUGCAGCCACAGAUGAACCCAGAGAGCCGCAGCAUCCUCCGGCAGGUGGGAGCUGCAGCCCGGAGGAGGAGGAGGAGGAGGAGGAGAAGGAGGAGGCUCGGUGUGCGGGGAAGCUGCAGAGGUCGAAGGCAAAGAGCCGACGCAUCCGCACCGCGUUCACCCUGGAGCAGCUGCACAUCCUGGAGCGCAGCUUCCAGCGGUGCCACUACCUGUCGGUGCUGGAGCGGCACAGCAUCGCCUCGGCCCUGCGCCUCUCCGAGACCCAGGUCAAGAUCUGGUUCCAGAACAGACGCACCAAGUGGAAGAAGGAGCGGCUGCAGGGGAAGGAGGCGGAGGAGGAGCUCGGGUUCUCCGUGCACCCUGCGGUCUGCUCACCCCUGACCUACAGCCUGUACUGCCCGCAGCGCACUCCGCUGCAGCUGUUUGCGCCACUGCCGCUGGGGCCGUUUCAUCAUUAUUAUACAUGAUGAGUGAGCACAUAAUGGACCCAGCAGCUCCUC